UGCUUCUCCCCCUGCUGAGGUCCUUCCACGACUGGUCACUGUGUGCUGCUCUAUCGUCGGCUGAGAUAUGAGAAUAGAUGCUGGAAGAGAUGAGGAGAUCUUUGAGUCCGUCUGAUACUCCGCUGCUUCUUCAUGUGAAGGUUGUGCGCGCAGCUGCGUCGAGGGGGAGAUCAGUUGAUUCGCUUCGGCAGACUGCGCAGACCGGCGACCAAACCGGUGCUGUCAAUAACAAAGACGCUAUAAAUGCAACAGAGUACUGCGGAAUUAAUUAUGACUUACAGGAUCAAUCUGUGUUUGAUCGCGAAGGCUCCUGUGACAAUGUUCAGCUGGAGACCGUCCGCAAGUUCAUCCAUCUUACGACACGCACAGUCACGAUCCGGCAGCUCAAAGAGGAGAUAAUAGAGAGACACAGGAAGAUAUACAAAGAGAAUUUAGAGCUGGUUGAUCUCACAAAUGAAUCCUCAUGCGACUUUGACGACGACUAUCUGGCAGCCUGCGUACUGGAAAGUGGGAGUAUUGUACACGCUACGGUGUCGUCUCCUGAACCAUUCGAGGACCGGUCGUUUGAUAUUCAACAGCAGGACGAUGAUUUCACAACAAGUACACCGGUGGACGCGACAAACCACGUUCGUCGUUGGCUCGAUAGCUCAGUCUGCGACGGCAAAUCAGAUAGACUAGCUCGCAGCUCUCCGAUGGUGAACCUACCCGUGCUCACUCCCGACUCCGCGCCACUGAAUCCCAAAAAACUUCGUCCGCGAAAAGUUUCUGCACCUUUACCUCUCCGACUGGAUGAAGAUGUUCCCACUGGGUUCAAAACCCCCGGUUCUGGAAGAUCAUUGAGCUUCAAAUAUGAUCGCACACCCUCUCUCACUCUUCCUAAAGACUCGCAGAAUCCUCGUCUGAUUUUGCCUCCUUGUACGAGCUCACCAGCCGAGCCAACACUUGAUGUCGAUCCGCGGAAGCAUUCCUCAUCAAUGCCGCCUACAGAUCCUCCAUUAUCUGCAUCGCUGACACCCAAAUUUGACAGCAGUAUGGUUGCAAAUGAUGCAGAACAGAAAGAGAUAGACAGGGAGGAGGAGGAGGAUGAGGAGUUGUUAGCCGCUGCUAGGGAUUAUUUCGACACUAGUGCAGCUCCUUCGAUACCUUCUGAAGACUCUGGUAGUGAAAUCAGUGAUAGAGAAGGUGAAAAUGCAUCAGGAGCGAAGCCUACCGGCAGCAUCUUUUCAGCAGACAGAUUGAUGGGGGCACACUUGCUAUCUGAUGCUGGCAGUAGGCUACAAGAUUUACCUAGUGGACAAGACCCCGUCAAGUCUCAGGGAGAUAGUGCUGGUGAUAGUUUGAUGGACUUGACCGAUUCGCAGGAAUCCCUCCUAUCGAGGACAGAACGUGCAUAUUCUGGAAAUCUGGGAGCUCGUGCAGGUAACGGUGUAAUAGCUGGGAUUUUGGGCAAAGCGAAGCCACCAGUGAGAGAUGCAGAGCCAAGAAGCUCUCCCGAGUUUGGCAGAGAGCGACUGAGUCGACCAGAGACCUUCACAGAUGGCAUUCUGAAGAAACGAUGCCACGGCUCGAGAGACGACAUCAGCAUCAAUCGGACAGUGAACAAUCCUAGCGCGCGCCAGUAUAUCCUUGCCAAGCGAACAAAGGUGGGUAGUGAGAACGAGCCCUUUACAUCAGCUCAGUUAAGGCCGAAAUCGGUAGGUGCGCAGUUAGAGGCGGAGUACGAAGGGCCCUCGUUUGAAGAGUCUAGGACCCUGGAGAGGCUUCCCUGGUUGGAUAUUAAAAUCAACAGGAAAGGAUCACGGUCUGGGAAGGAUACUCUCUGAGCUCUCAUGUCUUUAAUUUUGUUUUUAUCGGCAUUACAUUGCAUUUUUUAAUGUCUUCGGUGAGUUCAAUGGUGAACGCAGAAAUGGUCAAUAGUUCAUAGGGAAAGUCAAUUGUUUGUACAUAGAAGUGACCACGGUGCCAUAUCUUUACACGCUCAAUAUAGAUAGC